AUGCCUCACAUCUACCUGUCUUUGCUUCUGGCUGGGCUCUGUGCUUUUGCCCACUGUCACCAUACUCUUGACCACAAGGAGGACCAUGACCAUUCUCCUCUUGCUGAAGGUGACAGAGAUUUGCCUUCUGUGAAGAUAGUCCAAGGAAAUGCUGACUUUGCCUUUCGAUUCUACCACCAUGUUGCUUCAGAGACCUCUGAGAAGAACAUUAUCGUUUCCCCUCUAAGCAUUUCCGCUGCGUUGGCCAUACUGUCACUGGGAGCUCAAAACACCACAUUAAGUCAGCUUUUGUUAGGACUUGGUUUUAACCAGUCAGAUACCAGCGAGCAGGAAAUACACGAGGGUUUCCGCCAUCUGUUACACAUGUUGAACCUCCCCAAUGCUGAAAUCCAGCUGAGCAUUGGGAAUGCCCUAUUCACAAAUGACCAAGUGAAACUCGUGAAGAAGUUCCUGGAUGAAGCCAAACAUUUUUAUGAGGCAGAUGUUCUUCCAACUAACUUUAUGAAUCCUGCAGUAGCUGAAAGUCAAAUCAAUGGAUAUAUAAAGAACAAAACCAAUGGGAAAUUAGAUGAUGUUGUCCAGGGUCUUGACCCAGAGGCUGUGAUGAUUAUUGUGAACUAUAUUUACAUGACAGGUAAGUCAGAUGGACUUGUUUUAUACACAUUUUGCUUCUUAGAUGUUCUUUAAACUGAGAAGUUUAAACUUUAAGUUGUGGUUCUAGGUCCAGAUUUGUUGGUGCUUUAGUCUGGAAUCAUCGUCUGCCCAUUGUGUGAGCAGAAACUUCUCAGACUUCUCAUCACAGGGAAGUUCCUUAAAUCUGUCAGAAACUUGACCUCCACCAUUAUCAAAACAAAUCAAAUAUAUUGUGAUACCCAUUUUCCUGGAAAUGUGAUUCAGCAAUUGGGCACUAAAGUGGAAACAGAGCUAUAAAGACAGGUGUCUCAAGAUACCACUAAAACAUGAGCGCUUAUUAAAUGCUCUGAGUGAGGAGAUUUCACCCCUCCCAUAUCCAAGAAUCUCCUGAGGAGUCUGCUGAUUCUCCAGAGAGGAGGAGGCGUGUUCUGCUCUCUACUUAUUCUGCUCCAGCAACGAGUCAGUCAGUCAGUCAGUGUCGGAGAGAGAGAGAGACUGUUAGAGAUUGUGUGUAUAGAUAAGGUCGCUGCUAAGAGCAGCUGCAGACACUCAGUGCAGUGCAGCAUUCAUUUAUGCUUAGACCUAUUUAGCUCUGUAUAUAGUUGUAUAAUAGUUGUAGAUAGAAUAAAGAAGAUAUUCUACAGAGCUGCUCUCCAAGUUGUUUCUAGAGUCUGCUGUACUCUGCUGUGCGACGACUGUCUUCUUGUGGGAGUGAAUCCGGUGCUCUCAACUCUAAGCUGUGAGUCCACAGCACUUUGACCUGUUCCUGUGCGGAAGGUGGUCUCUGGAAGUGCUACCCAGCUCGCCUAGCCCAGUCGGGGCUGAAGUGGAUGAGUCCAGUUGGUGGCACUGGCUCAAGGGCGAUGCUGACACUGAGUAUGAUAAUAUAUAAUAAUAUUACAGUGGUACCUCGGGUUAAGUACUUAAUUCAUUCCAGAGGUCCGUUCUUAACCUGAAACUGUUCUUAACCUGAAGCACCACUUUAGCUAAUGGGGCCUCCCACUGCCACCGCGCCGCUGUUGCACGAUUUCUGUUCUCAUCCUGAAGCAAAGUUCUUAACCCGAGGUACUAUUUCUGGGUUAGCGGAGUCUGUAACCUGAAGCGUAUGUAACCUGAGGUAUAGUAUAAUAUAAUAUAAUAUAAUAUAAUAUAAUAUAAUAUAAUAUAAUAAUAUAAUAUAAUAUAAUAUAAUAUAUUGAAGAAUUAAAUAGCCUUUUUUCAACAUUGUAAUCCACACAUCUGUAUCUGACCCAGUUCCGCCCGUCACUUACUUGGCGAUCACAGAAAGGGGUAGCACCAGCAGUAGUUUCUACCCACUGUUUGAUCAGGUGCAUGGAGGAAAGAGGCUCCCCACCAGCGGAGCCUUGCAGAGUGCCAGAGUGUGGAGUUGAGGGACGCCGCCACUUCAUCCAAACCCCUCCAGCCAUUAGGAUUAAGGGGUUUGGAUUAAAGCUAUACAUGCUGAGAUAAGAUGGCGCCCGGCACACUUCCCCUGUGCCGAUGGACGCUUGUGCCGAUAGGAAAAACUUGAACUCUUAGCAGAGUUCUUAGCAGAGUUCCGCAGCGGUAGAAAGUGUUGCCUUGUGUGUGGAUAAUAAAUCAGACUGAACGCAGGCUUCUUACUAAUCUCUAACAGCCUUUAAUGAGAAGAAAAACAUCAUAAAUCAGUCCCGGCGAGAGAGCAGACAUCCUUCUCGCCUCUCAGCCAAAAACGAAAAGAAACUCACACACAAAGAAAGAUUCCCGUAUGUGAACCAAACCACGCCUCAGAAUGUGAGAUGUCACACAGAACUGUUUAACCCUGUAAGUUCUGAUUCUCCUCACACCCCCUCUUGUCUCGCAUCCUGAGGGAAACUGUGAGUAUAACUCACCCCAAACACAACCCUUCACAGAACUCCCCAUGUCGCUGGAAGGUCAAGGGUUUGGUAAACCCAUCAGCUAGGUUCAAACAAUACUUGAGCCGUAUCCAACCUGCUUGGACACUCUGACAUACAUUCUGGAAACGUAUGUCCAAAUGCUUGGUUCUGGACUUGAACUGUCCAGAUUCUGCCAAUCUAAGACAAGGUUGAUUGUCUCCCCAAACAGUUAUGGGCAAGUAACAAUCCCCACAGAUCUCUUGGAUCAAGCACCGGUAGAAGUCCAACUCCCUGCACAAAUCCGACAACGCACUGAACUCAGCCUCAGUGGAAGAAAGUGCAAUAAGACUUUGCUUCCGGGACUUCCACCCAACCAGGGAUUCCCCGAACUUUACCACCAGCCCAGACACAGACUUCCUGUCCCCAAGAGAUGCCCAAUCGCUGUCACUGCAGCACGUAAGCCAUGCGUCACCUUCAGCUGACAACGUGAGGCAAAACUCUUUGGUAUCCUGCAAAUACCUCAACACUCUCUUGAUGCCUUGCCAGGCAUUCACACUGGGCUUAGUAGCCUCCCUGCUGAGCUAUGUCUGGUCUGCUCCACUGAGAGAGAUACAACAGACUCCCUAGCGCUGACUGAAACACCUCAGGGUUUUGGAACUCAGAACGCUCCCAAGCUGACUGUUGGUCUCCAUGGGCGUUCUGACCCCUGCACAGUCAGACAUCUGGAACUUCUCAAGCAACUGCUCAAUCUUGCCUUUCUGACUGAGCAAGAAACUCCCGUUCUCAGACCUGUCUAUCCUAACGCCUAGAUAAACCUGAACGAGACCAAGGUUUUUGAGCUUAAACUUCUUACCAAGCUCUUUGGCAAAACCUUGCACCUGUCUACUUGUCUGUGCCACGUACAGAAUAUCAUCUACGAACACCAGAAUUGCCUCCUGUGUCUCUUCUGACCCCUUCAGGUACAGGCAACUGUCUGCAAGACCCUUCUGGAAACCCAAACUUUCCAGAGCUUCAUUCAGAAAAUGUUCCAAUUUCUGGCUGACUGUUUCAAACCAUAAAUUGACUUGUGCAGCUUCCACACAACACCUGGCUCAUUGCCCUCAAACCCUGGAGGAGGUAACAUGUACAGAUCCUCCUUCAGAUCCGAGUUCAAAUAAGCCACAUCCACAUCAAAGUGGUGCACUUGGUGCCCUCUUUGAGCAGCUACUGCUAAAAGCACCCGCAGAGUCUCACUCCGGAAAGUAGGAGCAUACACUUCGGUGUAAUGCAGCCCCCUUCCCUGCGUGAACCCUCUGGCUACAAGCCUCGCCUUGUAUUGUGGUUCUCCAGAGGCUGUGGGCUUACUCCUGUAAACCCAAUGACAGCUCACGGCCUGCUUUCCCUCUGGCAGCUUCGUGGUGGAGAACACACCUAAGGACCUGAUUAGGUUCAACUCCUUUCCCAUUGCCUCUUGCCACUUCCUGGCUUCUGCUUCAGGCAACUGUUGAACCUCCUCAAAACUCUCAGGUUUGCACUGCGCUAAACCAACCCACACGCUGGUGACCUCAAACCUCUCAGGUGGUACCCCCUUUGUAGCGCGUGUGGAACGUCUGAGCACUGUCUCAGGUGCUCCCUCUGACCCACUGGGGCCAGCUAGUGUGUCUCUGACAUCAGAAGACUCCCCCUCUGACUUACUGCGUCUUCUGGCCUUCUGCACUUUACUAACGGGAGACGAAGGCUCACUUUUGGGCUCUCUUUUAACAACCUGUGGAGAUGCCCCUCCCUCUUCUUGACCCUGGUCAGAGACCUGGUCCUCAUCAACAGGUUCAGCUUCUAACUCUCCCUCCUCAGCAGAAUCAGACAGACACUCUGAGAGAACGUCAGGAUUCGCAUGAAUCCUUGACCAACCACUGUGCUCACAGAACUCAGCACUCCUGCUGACUAGAAUCCUGGACUGAUCGCCUUCUGGAUAGGCAAACCUCCACCCUUUUGUCCCAGGCUCGUACCCACAAAAGAUCAUUUUCCGGGACCUUGGGUCACCUUUCUGGCAUUGAGCCUUUGGCACAAGCACCCAAGCUUCGCAACCAAACACACGGAAGAAAUGCACCUUGGGCUUCUUCCGGUGCAGCAGAAAAUAGGGUGUCUCUCCUACAACAGAGCUAUAGGACCUGUUCAAAGUGAAGCUGGCAGCUUUCCAAGCUUUGGCACAAAAGCUCUGAGGCAAACCAGAGUCAAACAGUAGAGCGUCAGCUGCCUCAGCUAGCAUUCUGUUCCGGCGCUCCGCUCCGCCAUUCUCCUGAGGAGAAAAAGCAACCGUCAACCUGUGACUUAUCCCCUUCUGGUGGAAGAAACUCUGCAGAGCAGACCCGGUGAACUCUCCGCCUCAGUCACUCUGAAAGCUCUGCACCUUGGUGGAAAACUGUAGUUCCACCACCGCAACCCAGUCUUUGAUCAGUUGCGCCACCUCGCUUUUCUGUUUCAGUGAGAAGAUCCAGCCGUUCCUUGAAAAAUCAUCUGUCAGCGUGAGCGCAUACCUGGCUCCGCCCAGACUCGGCACUGGCAUGGGUCCACAAAGGUCUGUAUGCACUAGCUCAAAAGGUCUUGUGGUUACCCUCUCCGAUCUGGGAUAACUGCACCUUUUUAUCUUUGCUCUUUUGCAUGCCCUACAAUCCAAGAAUUUACCACAUGCUUUCAUCUUGCAACCCUCAGUGCAUUCUGGCAACUUCUGGAUAUAUUUCCAACAGCUAUGCGACAUUCUCCUGUGCCACAAGUGAGCACACGAAUCAUGUGUGGGAACGUUAGCACACCAUGCCUGUGCUGUCUCAGCGUUCCCCUUACCCUCCAGAGGUGUCUCCAGAACAAAGAGGUUGUUCUGACAUGCAACAUUGACCAGUUGUUUCCCACCCCUGGAAAUAGAACAGACAUCAUUUUCAAAGCAAACCUUAUAACCCUCCUUUACAAGAGCAGAUACAGAUAAAAGACAACACUUCAUUCUUGGCACAACGUAGACUUCCAGCUCUGCCUGUAAAAAAGAAACAAACACAUUGCCAACUAUGGUUAAUUGUCUCUGUGAGCCAUCAGCAAGAGUGACUGUUUUCCCAGUUGAAACAGCCCUGCAGUUCCACAUUUCGCCACUAGAUGGCGAUGGCAUCAGGUGAUGGCUGGCUCCUGAGUCGAUGACCCAACGCAGCAUGCUGCCCUCAUCGGAGUUGUCCUUCAGCGUUGCCAUGGAGGCAGCUAGGUGAUAAGAAGAACCGUCCUUCUCACUUCCUCUGUCACGUCCUCCCUUUGCAUUCCCAAGCUGGCCUCCUCUCCUAGACUGGCUGCCAUGGAAACCUGGCUGGCUGCCACAAGGACUUGGCUGACUGCCAUGGGAAGUGACCUUGGAGACAUCCUGCCUGGCCUCUCUAGCUUUCCUCAGACAGGUCCGACGCAGAUGGUCAACAGACCCGCAGACAAAACAACGACAAGUGGAAAAAGCCUAAACUGUGCCUUCUGGCUUGGCCCCCCCUCUGUUACCAGCAGGGCACCCUGUGUCAGCUCGGCCCUCUCUGAGACGGCGUUCCUCCUCGUCACACAAACGCCCAGUCAUAUAUUGCAGCGUAAGAUCCGCUGGAUUCAUUGAUUCCAAAGUUAGACACAAAUUGUCAUAACUUUUGUCCAAAGAGCUGAGCAAAAUAUAAACUUUCAGUUCCUCAGUAAAGUUGACUUGCAACAGUCUCAGCUUGUUGAAAACAGAGAGCAUCUUAGUCACAUGCUUUCUGAUGCUAUCACCAGGACGCAGCUUCAGCUCAAACAAGCUUCUGGUGGUGUGGAUCUUUGCCCCAGCUGUGGUCCUGUGAUGCACUCUCUCUAGUGCCUGGCAGGCCUCCUGGGCAGUCUCAAGACCCUCCACCAAAGGUAGCUGUGAGCCCUCCAAACUGAGCACUAUAGCUCCUAGGGCUUUCUGGUCUUUCCUCUGUGAGGUUUGGGCAGCUGCAACAACUGCUGCUGCAGCUCCGGCUGAAGCUUGCUGUGGGGGCCCUUGGGUCGCCUCCCACAGACCCUUGGCUACCAGCCAGGCCUUCAGCUUCCUUGACCACUCCUCCCAGUUGCUCCCAUUUAAUUUUUCAAAGGGGACUGAGAAUGACUCCUGUCCAUUUGCCAUCUUCUCCCCCGGGGCUGAGCCUACUCACGUAACCAGCAGCUCCUCUUGGCACCCGGUCCUGAAGAUGAGAUCCUCCCCAGCAAGCUUCACUGCCUCAAACGUUAGGCAGGGGCUGCAGCUGGCUUCUCCCACACACACAGGCACGAUGUGGCAACAGCUUUCAAAGCUUGGCUAGCUCCCAUAACCUGCUGAGAUAAGAUGGCGCCCAGCACACUUCCCCUGUGCUGAUGGACGCUUGUGCCGAUAGGAAAAACUUGAACUCUUAGCAGAGUUCUUAGCAGAGUUCCGCAGCGGUAGAAAGUGUUGCCUUGUGUGUGGAUAAUAAAUCAGGCUUCUUGCUAAUCUCUAACAGCCUUUAAUGAGAAGAAAAGCAUAAUAAAUCAGUCCCGGCGAGAGAGCAGACAUCCUUCUCGCCUCUCAGCCAAAAACAAAAAGAAACUCACACACAAAGAAAGAUUCCCGUAUGUGAACCAAACCACGCCUCAGAAUGUGAGACGUCACACAGAACUGUUUAACCCUGUAAGUUCUGAUUCUCCUCACAAUACAGUGGUACCUGUAAUGGCUUGAACUCCCCUCAGAAAAGGAGAUCUGUGUUUCAUUUAUUAAAAAAGGAACAAUUGGACUUGAUUUGUCUACAAGAAACACAUAUAACAAGGUUACACAGGAAAUUAUUGAUUAAUAAAAGACUUGGUCAGGAGUUUAUUUCAUCGGACAAGGUUAAAAAAAGAGGGGUUGUGAUUUAUGCAAAGGACAGAUUAUCACUGAAAUUUAUUUUUAAAGAAGACCAAGGAAGAUUUGUGGCAAUCGAAAUUCAAACACAAGGAGAAAAAUUUUUGAUAGUAGGAAUUUAUGCACCAAAUGAGGGGAAAUCUGAUGUUUUUUAAGAAAUUGCAUGAGACCCUGAUGGACUAUUUGGAUUACAACAUGAUUUUGAUGGGAGAUAUGAAUGGUGUGGUAUCUACACAUAUGGACAAGGCACAAAGACAGGUAGUCACUAAGGAUGGUAGACUACCGAAAACUUUUUUUGAGAUGACAGACAACUUGGACUUAGUUGACAUAUGGAGAACAAGGAACCCCAUGGCUAAAGAGGGAACCUUCUUUUCUGAAGCCAAAAUGACAUGGACAAGAGUUGACCAAAUAUGGGUAACUAGAGGAAUGGCACCAAAGACAAGAAAAGUGGAAAUCUGCCCAAAAACCUGCUCCAACCAUAAUGCUGUCAAGAUGGAAAUGAAACUAACACCAGCUGGCUCCUUUAGAUGGAGGAUGAAUGACACCUUAUUUAGAGAUGAAGUGCUUAAGAAGGCCCAAAAAACCUUGAGAGACUAUUUUGAGAUAAAUAUGAGCACCAAUGUGGAAAAAAGAGUAAUCUGGGACGCAAGCAAAGCGGUUAUGAGAGGGUUCUUGAUACAACAGAAUGCAUUAAAGAAGAGAAUCCAAAAUGAGAAGAAGGAUAAAAUAUUGGAGAAAAUAAAGGAAAGUGAAAAAAGAUUGAGAACAAAACCAAAGUCUCAAGAGAUUUUGAGAGAAAUAAAGUUAUAUCAAGUGCAAUAUAUGAAAAUUAAACAAAUGAGACAAAAGACAUUCGAGUCGGCUAAUAAAUGUGGGAAAUUGUUGGCUUGGCAAAUGAAAAAAAGACAAAAAUUAAAUACAGUUACAAAUUUAGAAGUGGAAGGAAGGAAUAUACAGAACCCAGCUGAGAUUAGAAAUUGUUUCCAGAGGUACUUUAAACAACUAUAUACACAAGGGCCACUGAAAGAAACUGAUGUAGAUCGAUUUUUGAAAACAAAUGGAUUACAAAAAAUUUCUCAAGAAAAUAAAUUAAUGUUGAAUUAUAAAAUAACUGAACAGGAGAUAGAAGGUGCCAUUCAAAACAUGCAACUGGGUAAAUCUCCAGGACCGGAUGGACUGACUUCUAGAUAUUACAGAUCCUUGAAAGAAUGGCUAGUACAACCCUUGAAAGAGGUCUGUAAUGAAAUAAUGGAGGGGGAAAGGGCACCAGAGUCGUGGAAAGAAGCUUAUAUUACACUUGUACUGAAAACAGAGACUGAAAAGACGCAGCUUAAGAACUACCGCCCCAUAUCAUUACUUAAUGUGGAUUACAAAAUUUUUGCAGACAUUUUGGCUAAGAGACUGAAAAAAGUGUUGAUGGAAGAGAUUCAUAAAGACCAAGCGGGCUUUCUCCCGGGAAGACACUUGUCUGACAACUUGAGGAAUAUAAUUGAUAUUUUGGAAAAACUAGAAGUGAACAUAAAUACUAAAGCAGUUUUGAUAUUUGUGGACGCGGAGAAAGCUUUUGACAAUAUUUCUUGGAGUUUCAUGAAGAAGAACCUACAGGGUAUGGGGGUAGGCCAAGGUUUUGAAAACGGUAUAAGUGCAAUUUAUUCAGAACAAAAGGCUAAAUUAAUUGUAAAUAAUGUGGUGAUGGAAGAAUUUAAGAUAGAAAAAGGGACACGACAAGGUUGCCCAAUUUCCCCACUGCUUUUUAUUUCGGUCCUGGAGGUUUUGCUGAACAUGAUUAGAAGCGACCAGUUGGUUAAAGGUAUACAGGUCAGAGCCAAACAGUACAAAUUGAGAGCAUUUGCAGAUGACUUAGUACUGACGUUACAGGAGCCAGAAUCUAGUACCAAAAGGGUGUUAGAACUGAAUUUGGUCAAGUUGCAGGGUUUAAAUUGAAUAAGCUAAAAACUAAGGUUUUAGAGAAAAAUUUAACACCAAUGGAGAGAGAGAGGUUUCAGAAUGAGACAGGUUUAACAGUGGUUAAGAAAGUUAAAUACCUGGGGAUUAACAUGACAGCAAAAAAAGGGAAUUUAUUUAAAGAUAACUAUGAAAAAUGUUGGGCUGAAGUGAAAAAAGAUUUAGAAAUUUGGUCAAAUUUGAAGCUUUCACUGGUGGGCCGUAUUGCUGCGGUAAAAAUGAAUGUAUUGCCUAGAAUGUUGUUUUUAUUUCAAACAUUGCAGAUUGUGGACAAAAUGGACUGUUUCAAGAGGUGGCAGAGAGAUAUUUCUAGAUUUGUCUGGCAGGGCAAGAAGCCCAGAAUAAAAUUCAAAAUAUUAACAGAUGCAAAGGAAAGAGGUGGAUUUGCCCUGCCAGACCUCAAACUUUAUUAUGAAUCAGCAGCUUUUUGCUGGUUGAAAGAAUGGCUGCUUCUUGAAAACACGGACAUUUUGGACUUAGAAGGUUUUAACAAUGUAUUUGGAUGGCAUGCAUAUCUGUGGUAUGAUAAGGUCAAAGCACAUAAAGCAUUUAAAAACCAUAUUGUCAGGAAAGCAUUGUUUAAUGUCUGGAUAAGAUAUAAGGAUUUAUUGGAAAAUAAAACACCAAGGUGGCUGUCACCGAUGGAAGCGAAACCUCUGAAAAAGCUCAAUAUGGAGGUCAAAUGGCCGAAAUAUUGGGAAAUUUUGGAACAAGAUGGAGAUAGAUUGAAACUGCAGAGUUUUGAAAAAUUAAAAAACAAAGUGCGAGACUGGCUUCAUUAUUAUCAGAUAAUGGAGGCAUACAAUUUGGACAAGAAAAUUGGCUUCCAGGUGGAAAAAUCAAAAUUAGAAACAGAAUUGUUAGAACCCAAAACUAAGAUUUUGUCAAAGAUGUAUAACUUGCUGUUGAAAUGGAACACUCAGGAUGAAACGGUGAAAUCUGCUAUGAUUAAAUGGGCACAAGACGUUGGACAUAAUAUAAUGAUGGCUGACUGGGAACAGUUGUGGACCACAGGUAUGAAGUUUACGGCAUGUAAUGCCCUAAGAGAGAAUAUUAUGAAAAUGAUAUACAGGUGGUACAUAACCCCAGUCAAGCUUGCAAAAAUCUACCAUUUGCCCGAUAACAAAUGUUGGAAAUGUAAAGAAACUGAAGGUACAUUCUUUCACCUUUGGUGGACGUGCCCAAGGAUUAAGGUUUUCUGGGAGAUGAUUUAUAAUGAAAUAAAAAAGGUAUUUAAAUAUACCUUCUUGAAGAAACCAGAGGCCUUUCUCCUGGGCAUAGUCGGCCAAUCAGUGUUAAAGAAGGACAGAACUUUCUUUAUGUAUGCUACAACAGCAGCAAGAAUACUUAUUGCAAAACAUUGGAAGACACAAGAUCUACCCACACUGGAGGAAUGGCAGAUGAAAAUGAUGGACUAUAUGGAAUUGGCGGAAAUGACUGGCAGAAUCCGAGACCAGGGAGAAGAGUCGGUGGAAGAAGAUUGGAAGAAAUUUAAAGACUAUUUACAGAAAUAUUGCAAAAUUAAUGAAUGUUAGAAUGAUGACGGAUUGAAGUUAAGCGGUUUCUAGCGGUAAUGGUAUAAAAGAAUAUGGAAAAAUUGGUUUUUAAUAUCUAAAAAUUUAAUGUUAUAAUAUAUCAAGAUUAAAGAUCAGGAUUAAAAAGGAGGGAAAGGAAUCGCUGGGCUAACAAAUUGAAUUAGAAUACGAAAGAGGGAGGUAUGAGGAGGUCCGGGAAACAAGUAAAUGUAAAAGAAGUGAUGAAAAGAUGGAAUUGUUUUUAACGGUUUUUUCUUUUUUGUACUUUUUGUAUUUUUCCUUUUUAUUGUUAAUUUUCUUAUUAAUGUGAUCUUUUUCUUUUGAAAUUUUAAUAAAUAUCAUUAAAAAAACAACAACAAACAAUACAGUGGUACCUCGGGUUACAGACACUUCACGUUACAGACGCUUCACGUUACAGACUCCGCUAACCCAGAAAUAGUACCUCGGGUUAAGAACUUUGCUUCAGGAUGAGAACAGAAAUCGUGCUCCGGCAGCGCGGUGACAGCAGGAGGCCCCCAUUAGCUAAAGUGGUACCUCAGGUUAAGAACAAUUUCAGCUUAAGAACGGACCUCUGGAAUGAAUUAAGUUCUUAACCCGAGGUUCCACUGUAAUAGCUAAAAUAAGGCUGAACAGUAGCAUCUGUUCUCUUUUGCCCCCACAUCUUAGAAUGAUGAAGUUACCGCAUUGCUUACCUGGAAGAGGCAAAGCUUUAUUAACAUAUUGUUACAAAAGUGGUGGUGGGGCACUCACACUCUCUGCUGAGCUGCAACAAGAGCCCAUGGAGUUCUCCUUUGGAGAACUGAGACACAGGGAGAUUGUUGUAGCUCUAAGAAACAUGCUUUAUGCACCUAUUUACACUUUCAGUCUGCAUGGAGAGAGUCCAGAUCUUAUAGCAAGGUCCUUUCAAGAGGGGCUUGUAUCCCACAGCAGUGCAGCCAUGGCAUAUCUCCUGCUCAGACCUUCAGCCAGCCUGCCCAAAGAUGGUUCCCAGGCCUUCUUCCUUUUCUUCCCACCAACAGUUGCUCAAGACUCUUCCUGUCAGCUCACACCCAGUUGCCCUGGCAACCUUCCAACCCCCCAGUCUCUGUUCACACUCCAGGGGAUGGGGGAAGGUGAAUCCUGAUGUAUUCCUGAUUUUAGAGUGUGUGAAAUAGCUAUUCACCUUUAUGCGUGAAAUAUUAUUUUGGUUUGCUCUUUCUCCUCACUCCCCUCCAUGACAUGUGUGCUGUUAUUGUUAUUUCCAUGAGCCUUUUGGAAAAAUCCUUUCAAUUACCUGCAUACAAGUGAAGGAGACUUCUAUGUGGAUGAGCAAACAACGGUCAAAGUCCCUAUGAUGAACAAAGACAGCCGGUUCGAGACUUACCGUGAUAACAUCCUAUCCUGUAAGGUUGUGAAGCUCCCUUACAAGGGUGACGUUUCAGCAUUCUUUAUUCUUCCUGACCAAGGAAAAAUGAAGCAGUUGGAAAAUGCUCUUAGCAAAGAUGUUUUGUUAAAAUGGAUGAAAUUGGUAAAACCAUGGUAAGAGAUCAUAGUGGAAAGUAUGUAACACACAGACACACUUUUCAAUGCAUGUGGAAAUAUCUUGCUGUGAGUUUGAGGGAUGGGGUUAGGCUUUAUGAUCCCUUCUACUUCCUGGAUCAGUGAACGAUUCCAUUGUGGAAUUAGCCAGGAGAGGACCAUACUGGCCCCUAAGUAUGGGUCAUUAGUAUAAAAAAAGGAAGUUGCUUUGGGACACAAUCUCCUUUUCCUGACUGGUGGUGAGAAGGUCAAAGGCCAGGGGAAAUGUUUGUGUGUGGGUUUGAAGCAGGCAGAAGCCAGAGAGUGCGAGCCAUGCCUGAUUUCUGUUGGAACCCAAUGUGAUGACUAUGCGAUAAACAAGUCCAUCUUGACCACCUGUUUAGGGAAGUUUUUAAUGUUUUAUAUUUUAUCGCUGCUUCUUCUUCUUCUUCUUUGGCAGCCGCCCAGAGUGGCUGGGGAAACCCAGCCAGAUGGCUGGGGUAUAAAUAUUAUUAUUACUAUUAUUAUUAUUAUUAUUAUUAUUAUUAUUAUUAUUAAUGUGGUGUUAGGCGAGGGGCAAUAUAUCUGAUGGGGGACAUGGGUGUAACCACGGGGGCAGCUUCCCUGCCUAAAAAAAAAAAAUCAAAAAAUUUAACUAACUGACCAAUUGUGUCACAGAUAACUCGGUUUUGCCCCCGUAACAUAAAGCCUGCCCCACUCUAAAAUAAAUCCUGGCUACUCCCUUGAUGGGGGACACCUCAUGCUCCUUCUGGGUAGUUCAUCCACCAUUGGUCCAUCCCCCCUGCACUCAGCUCUCAUCUGCGGCUUCUAGCAUGCGGCUCAGCGUGUGACAAUGGCCACACCCCAGGAACAGCUUUUAUACCCUCACCUGGCUAUAUCAGGUGAGGGUAGUCAUAGUAACGGAGCUAUUUUAGUCCUGUCUAUUCAUUUCAUUGGGAAUGAGUGGGACUAGUAGUGGAUACAAUCCCAUUGUUACAUACAAAAACGAAACUAAUAUAUUCCUUUUUAGCAAUGUGAUCAUGGACUACCAUUUUUUAAUUUAUAUCCUUUUAGCAAUUAUACUCUAGCCAUAAUGUAAAUUGUCAUUCUUUGUAUUAUGCACCCCACCCCAAGCAAUACCUCACUAGCCUCUGGUUCUUCUUUCAACAGGAGAAUAGAGCUUUCCCUUCCAAGGUUUACAAUCUCUGGAAACUAUGUUCUCCAAGAGAUGUUAAGAAAAAUGAAUAUUACAGAGGUAUUCACAAACAGAGCAGACCUCUCUGGAAUUACUGGGAAGCCUGAGCUGAAGGUUUCCAAGGUAGGUUCCUCCAAAUUCACCCUCUUAUCCAAAGGUUCUAUAUUUUCUUUCAUCCUGCAUUUUAGGCCAGAGGUACACUUGUCUGAAGGUUCAAAUGAACAUAAUUUGGGGUUUAGAGUACUUGAACCACAAUCCCAUCUCUCAUGGAGAGGAGGAGCCAAAUAUAUUUUGUAUCCCAGCUGUGCUUGAAGACAGUUGAAGGGAAGCACCAUUGGAGUUGGUCUCCCAACAGAACUUAUUGAGAGACCCUUAAGCCCUACUUCCUCCUUUUCCCAUCAUGCCCGACCCUUGGUCAUGUAGCGUGGGGUUGUUGGGGAGUUGGGCCGCAGCUUCCUCACUUCUGAAUGCUAAUGAGCAGAAAAUUAGGUUUCAUUAGCUUUGGGAAGACUGCAGUUAGCAUUGGGGAUGGAGGAGGAAUGUAAUUUUUGUUUUUUUGUUUUUUACAUGAAUAGAACAACCUUUAUUUUUCAUUGCAUAGAUAAUCUUAUUUAGAGUACCAGAUUAUUUUGGAAAAACUGUAUCAUAAAGAGCAGCUUGCCUACUGUUAAAAGAAUCCAGCUGUGUUCUGAGACACAGGGCCAAAUAACUCGUGUGUGUGUGUGUGUGUGUGUGUGUGUGUGUGUGUGUGUGUCUAUCUAUAGGAUGGGACACAGGUUUAAGAUACCACAGUACUUUAUGGUAUUUUAAAAACAACUUUCCAUAACUGCCCUUCAUUUGAAUGGUUGUCAAGGAACAGAGAGUACUUGCUUCGAGCAGAGCAGCUUGUACCAGAAUGCUGCACAUUCAUAAUAAACCAUAGGUUAUUUCAGACAAUGGCUUACUGUUACAUUCUAACAGGGCCAGUGGGUUCAAUUUAUGGCAAUAAGACUCUUCUACUUUGUCCCAGUGUGGAUGUAACUAUUCUCUAGAAGUAAGUUUAACUCUCUUCUUUGAUGUGAAUUGAGAAAUGUAAUUUAUAUGCAGAAUUUGUUCAGACAGCAUCUUGUAUUAUGUGCCUGCUUAUGUCUGACCUGCUCAUGCAUUGUCUCUUUUUAAAACAAACAAACAAACAAACAAACAAACAAACAAACAAACAAACCAACCUUUGAUUAACCGUGUGUGUGUGUACACAUACACUAUGUUUCUGCAGCGUAAUUUUGUAAGUAUAUUAUAAGUAUAUAAUGUAUUUUAUAGAGUUGCCAUAUUUCAAGAAUUUAAAAUCUGGAGACAAAAGUUGUUCAGCUUUUGGAGGGGAAUGAACCUCAAAGCUGCUGAGCUUUUUGGGGGGCAACCAUCGGGAUCUUGCUUCUCAUCAUCAUUAAGGGAGAGGCAAGAUUUUCUGAAAAUUCCAUCAGUUCCUUGAAGCUGACUGAUACAAAAAGAUGAUGCUUAGAGAUGGUUAGGACUAGAUUAAUAGCUAAUCAGAAUGAGAAGUGAUCACAUGAAGCUGUUUCUUAAGACAUUCAAUGGAUUUGUCUGUUUCGAAGGACUAGAUUUUCUCAUACUAAAAUCCUGAUUCAGUCACUAUGUUGUACUGAAGUAUUGCUAUCUUUCUUUGCAGGCUAUUCACAAGGCUUACUUAAAUGUCCAUGAGAAUGGCACAGAAGCUGCAGCUACUACUGUUUUUGAAAGUGUCCCCUACUCCGUGCCCCCUGAAGUUAAGUUCAACUGCCCCUUUCUGAUGGUAACUGUUCAUGAGAAAACCAGCACCAUCUUGUUCAUAGGAAAAGUGAAGAAUCCUACUGAGACAUGA